GGGACUGGGAGCGGCACCGGGACGGGUCCGGGCACCCGAAGCGGCCCCGUCAGCCGGGACGGGGACGGGCACCGGGCACCGGGCACCGGCGUCAGCAUCCUGGUGGGUGCCCCCAAAGCCAACACGAGCCAGCCCAAUGUCACCCAGGGGGGGGCAGUCUACCACUGCCCCUGGCCCCCCGGUGAUGACUGCACCCCCAUCGACUUUGACCACAUCGGAGCCCGCACCCAUGACUUCGGGGGCAACAGCACAGAGACCCCCGACCCCCGUCGAGUUCAAGUCCUUGCAGUGGUUUGGGGCCACUGUGCGGGCACACAACGCCUCCAUCCUGGCCUGUGCCCCACUGUACAGCUGGAGCCCCCCCAAGGAGGAAGGGGGGGGACGGGAGCCAGUGGGCACCUGCUUCCUCUCCAUCGGCAACUUCUCUAAGUUUGUGGAGUAUGCACCCUGCCGCUCAGACCUGAACUCUGCAGCGGGGCAGGGCUACUGCCAGGGGGGCUUCAGCGCGGAGUUCACCCAGACAGGACGGGUGCUCUUGGGGGGGCCUGGCAGCUACUUCUGGCAAGGGCAGGUGAUGUCGGCGACGCAGGAGCAGAUCACAGCCUCCAGCUACCCAGAGUACUUCAUCCAGGAGGUGGCUGGGCAGCUCCAGACGCGCCAGGCAGCCCCCACACACGAUGACAGCUACAUGGGCUACUCCGUGGCAGUUGGCGAGUUCAGCGGGGACACAACACAAGAUUUUGUGGCUGGUGUCCCUAAGGGCAACCUCACCUAUGGCUACGUCACCAUCCUCAACGGCACCAACAUGAAGUCCCUCUACAACUUCUCAGGGGAGCAGAUGGCAGCAUAUUUCGGCUACGCAGUGGCAGCCACGGACGUGAACAACGACGGGCUGGCCGACCUGCUGGUGGGGGCUCCCCUCUUCAUGGCGCGGACAGGGGAGGGGCGCGUGCAGGAGGUGGGCAGGGUGUACCUGUACCUGCAGCUGCCCGGGGGGGCCCUGCCCACCCCCGCCAUGGCCCUCACCGGGCCCCAGGAGUUCGGGCGCUUCGGCAGUGCCAUCGCCCCCCUGGGGGACCUUGACCUGGACGGCUUCAACGACGUGGCGGUGGGGGCCCCACUGGGCACCGAGGGCCGGCAGGGGCUGGUGUACAUCUACAGCGGGCGGGGGGCUGGGCUGCACCCCCAGCCAGCCCAGGUGCUGCGGGGGCACUGGGCGCCUGGCCGGCACCCCGACUUCUUCGGAGCCGCCCUGCGUGGGGCCACGGACCUCGACGGCAACGGCUACCCAGACCUCCUCGUGGGUGCCUUUGGGGUGGAUACAGCCGUGGUGUACAGGGGCCGUCCCAUCGUCCACGCCAGCGCCAUGCUCAGCGUCUUCCCCACCAUGUUCAACCCGGAGGAGCGCAGCUGUGUCCUGGAGGGCACCGGCCUUCACGUCCCCUGCAUCAAUGUCAGCUUCUGCCUCAACGCCUCGGGACGUCACCUGCCCGGCCCCAUCGGGUUCACGGUGGAGCUGAGCAUGGAUGGGGCGAAGGCUGGUGGGGGGCGGCGGGCGCUGUUCCUCCCAGGGGGGCAGCCCACCCGCACCCUCACCCUGCCUGUCCCCAAUGGCGCCGGCACCCGCUGCCACACCAUGGCUGUCUUCCUGCGGAACGAGUCAGAGUUUCGGGAUAAGCUGUCACCCAUCGCUGUGGGGUUGAGCUUCGCUCUGGACCCCCACGCGCCCCCUGAUACCCAUGGGCUGCAUCCAGUCCUGGCUGCUCAUACCCACACCCGACUGGAGACCAAGGCUCACAUCCAGCUGGACUGUGGGGAGGACAACAUCUGCGUGCCUGACCUGCAGCUGGAGGCAUCUGCGGACCGCCACGCCGUCUACCUGGGAGACCGCAACAGCCUGAACUUGACCUUCAAUGCCCGCAACCAGGGCGAGGGGGGGGCUUACGAGGCCGAGCUGCACGUGCGCCCCCCUCCCCAUGCCCAGUACACCGGGGUGCUGCGCCCACAUGGGAACUUCUCUGCACUGAGCUGUGAGCUUGGGGUGGGCAACAACUCGAGCCCCCUCAUCUGCGACCUGGGCAACCCCAUGAAGGCGGGUGCCAGCAUCUGGGGGGGGCUGCGCUUCACUGUCCCCCACCUCAGUGACAGCAGCAAAAGCAUCCGCUUUGAGCUGCAGAUCCGCAGCAAGAACGCCAACAACUCGCAGAGCGAGGUGGUGACAGUGCCACUGGAGGUGCGGGCAGCCACCCGCCUCUCUGCCUUUGGGGUGUCACGGCCUGAUGUUGUCAUUGUCCCUGAGGGGGGCUGGACACCUGAGCAGCCACCCCGGCAGCUGCAGGACCUGGGGCCGCCCGUGGAGCACAUCUAUGAGGUAGUGAACGAGGGUCCCAGCGCCAUCAGCCACGGCACCCUGGAGCUGAGCUGUCUGAGCUACCGGGGCCACCCCCUCCUCUAUGUCACUGGCCACUCGGGACCCCGCAACUGCUCCACCAGUCACCCUCUGGACAACCUGCGCCUGGCGGAGCAGGAGCAGAGCCCUGAGGCACACGGGCCUGCAGCGCCGGGACACAGGGGACGUGGUCACCAGGGACACGCGGGGCAGCAGCCCCCCUGCACCCCCCUACACCCUGGGGUGCCCCGAGGCCGAGUGCUUCCGCCUGAGCUGCCCCAUGGGGGGGGCUGGAGAAGCAGCAGCGGGUGAGCCUGCGCCUGGCCUUCCGUCUCUGGGCCCCCUCCCUGCGGCAGCGGGAGACGCGGGUGCAGGCGCUACAUUGUGAGGCUGAGUACCGGGUGCUGCGGCUGCCGUACCGCAUCUGGCCCCAGCACUACCCCAGCCAGCGCCUACAG